GAUCGCGCGCGGUUCAGUCAUGUUCACCUUGAGCAAUUUGCUGCGUUUCGUCCUGGCAGCGGCGCUCGUCGCGGCCUCCGGCGUGCUGCUGUUCUCGCAUUCGUCGUGCCCGUGCGACGUCGAGGCCACGCGCAACUGGACCCAAGCACAUCCUGGGAUAAGAAGUCCCGGCAUGGCGACGGCUGCACGCAAAGACGACGACGACGACCUUGCCGAGCUGCUGAGGAAGGCAGCCAUGGAGGACAACACCAUCAUAAUGACCUUCACCAACGAAGCAUGGACGGCGCCCGGCUCGCUCCUCGACCUCUUCCUCGAGAGCUUCCGCGUCGGGGACAAGACGGAGCGCCUGCUGAAGCACCUCGUCAUCGUCACCGUGGACGGCAAGGCGUUCGAGCAGUGCCAGCGCGUGCACCCGCUGUGCUACUCGUUCGACGCCGGCGGCGGCAUGAACCUCACCAAGGAGCAGGAGUUCAUGUCCGGGGACUACCUGGAGAUGAUGUGGGCCAGAAACAGGUUCCAGAACCACGUCCUGGAGCUCGGCUUCUCCUUCGUAUUCACGGAUGUGGACAUCGUGUGGUUCCGGAACCCGCUGCUGCGCAUCCCGGUGGGCGCCGACAUCGCCAUAUCGGCCGACAGGUUCGGCGGCGACGACCCGUACGACGUGUGGAAACAGACCAACGGCGGGUUCGUGUCGGCGAGGUCGAACACGAGGACGCUCGCCUUCUUCAAAGUGUGGCACGAGGCGAGGAAGGCGUACCCGGGCCAGAACGAGCAGGACGUGUUCGAGAAGGUGAAGCACGAGCUGUCGACGCGGGUCGGCGCCGCGGUGCACUUCGUGGACACGGCGCACUUCGGCGGCUUCUGCGAGCCCAAGAAGGACUUCCGGCAGCUCUGCACGUUCCACGGCAACUGCGUCAAGGGGCUCAAGUGGAAGCUGGAGAAGCUCCAGGGCGUCAUGGACGAGUGGAAGCAGUUCAAGGACGCACGGGACCGGCCAAAGAAUAAAUAAUUAUUUAAUGCAACUACAGCUAAUUAAACAUUGAUGAAUUGGUAAUCCACUACAGUUUACAUGAGUUAUGUACGUAUAGCAUCUGAUCUAUACAGGAGACGUGCUGUAACUCAAACGUCACGACUCAGAAAUCAGAGAGAUAAAGGAUGAUAUGAUUGCCGAAAAGGCGAAAGGAUUCAUUGAGGAUAACCAAGGUACCAUAUGGUUUAAGAAA